UAAUUAACGAAAAAUAUUGUUUACAAUAUUGUACUUUGACAUAUGGUAAAUAUCGGCGCCAUCUUGACCUAAUAGCUGUCAAUACGAACGUGUUUUCUUAGCAUUUUUCUCGCAAUAAACUGUGAUUAUACAUUCAAAUAUGUCAAAAAACUAUAAAUAUUUGCGAUAGUAACUCUCGUUUCGCAUUAAUAGUGUGUUUUAGUCAAAAUUAAGCACAAAAACAUUCAUUUUAUGUGAAAGUUUCGUGAAACAAAAAUGACGACCACAACAGUGCAAAAUCAACCCAAAGCGAACAACUCGACACCUGCAAAACCACAGAAAACCUACGGGAAGAUCAUCCUAACCCUUCACAAUUGCUUUUUACCGGAGUCUGCGUUCAAGGAAACGCCCUCCCAAGCCGAUGGCCUUGAUGUCGAUACUGAGACCGACUUACGUAUAUUAGGAUGUGAAAUGAUACAAACUGCAGGUAUUUUGCUCAAAUUACCACAAGUAGCGAUGGCUACGGGACAAAUCUACCUCCAGAGGUUCUACUACUCGAAAUCUUUCGUCAGAUAUCCUAUGGAAACUAUGGCGAUGGGCAGUAUAUAUUUAGCGUCGAAAGUUGAAGAAAAACCAUGCAGGAUACGUGACGUCAUCAACGUGUUCCACCACAUCAAGCAGGUGAGAGCUCAGAAGACAAUCAGCCCCCUAAUUGUUGAUCAAAAUUACAUAGAACUCAAAAAUCAGGUUAUAAAAGCUGAGCGGCGCAUUCUUAAAGAGCUAGGCUUCUGUGUUCACGUGAAGCAUCCACACAAACUCAUUGUGGUGUACUUACAACUCCUGCAGUAUGAGAAGAACCGUCAGCUCAUGCAGAUGGCUUGGAACUACAUGAAUGAUGCUCUCAGGACUGAUGUGUUUAUGCGAUUCCCACCAGAGACAAUAGCUUGUGCUUGCAUAUAUUUGACAGCCCGUAAAAUUGGGUUACCAUUACCCAACAACCCACACUGGUUCUUGCUCUUCAAAGUGACAGAGGAAGACAUCAGAGAAGUGUGUAUCAGGAUCCUACAGCUAUACAAACGUGCUAAAGUUAAUCCUGAAGAACUGGAAGCCAAAGUAGACUUGCUCCGUAAAGUAUACCAAGCUAACAAACACAUGCAGGCACAAAAAGAGAGGGAAAAUGCUAAAGCAGAAGAGAAGAAGGCUGAAUCUCCCACGGCAUCAACUUCUAAGGAUAUUAGACGAGACACGAAGAAAGAGAAGUCACCAAAAACUCCUCCACUGUCUUCGAAGUACCACAGCCAUAAAUCUAAAAAGGAGAGAAGGUCGCGAUCUCCAUAUGAACGUAAAAGAGAGUACUCAAGCAAGCGGCAUAAGUCAAGAUCAAGGGAACGGGAACUUGAUCGGUCCAGGGAGAGGAGGAUGGAGGAUAAGAGACGUAAUAUGUCACGAAAAUAUGAUGAUUAUGAGAGAGCCAAGUCAAGCAGGGACAGCAGAGAUGAGAAGAGGAAGCAUUAAUGCAUUUUCUAUAGGAAUAAAGUUAUUUUUAGUUCA